CGCGGGCCCCGCCCCCAUCCGGAGACCGCUCGCCGGGAAGCCGGCCCUGCCCCAAGGGUCAGCGCCGCGCGGCCGCCGGGCAUCGCCGGGGCCCUGGCGAGCCGAGUCCCUGCUCUCCCGGCCUCGGUGCGACCCUCCGUCCUCAAGCUGGUCUGGCGGCAAGGGGUGACACGGGUUUUAGAGCCUGCCAGCCCCGGGAGAGGUGGGCUGACUCACCGAGGCACGCUCAGUCUCUGCAAGAGCCCGGGCUCAAAGGCUGUACCCAGCAAUGCGCGGCCACAGACUGGCCCUGGGCCUAGGAUUCUGCCUGCUGUUGGGCACUGCCCUCUGCUCGCUGUGGAUGUAUUUUGAGAACUGGCUGCGGGUCUUCUAUGUUCCCUAUUAUCUCCCCUGCCCAGAGAUCUUCAACAUGGAACUGCAGUAUAAGGGGCAGAAGCCAUUUCAGCCUGUGACACAGUCACUGUACCCACAGCCCAAGCUUCUGGAGCAAAGGCCUGCAGAGCUGCUGACCCUCACGCCCUGGUUGGCGCCCAUUGUCUCGGAGGGAACCUUCAACCCCGAGCUGCUGCAACACAUCUACCAGCCGCUGAACCUGACCAUCGGGCUCACAGUGUUUGCCGUGGGCAAGUGAGUAGUGGGCCGGGUGGGUGGUUCUCACUGAGCCACGGGAGCUGCCGGUCUGGGAAGAGACAGGACCUGGACACGGGACCCUGCCUGGACGGCAGGGACGCCCUGAACCAGGCACCGUGUGUGUGGUGGGGGAAGAUAGGGGGUAGAGGGUGAUGAUGGGAGGGCUUCCUGGAAGAGGGGAUCUGGCCCUGGCACGGAAGCGGGGAGCCAGCCCCGGUGACGGAGCAGCAGGAGACUUUGUGACGACACCCCCUUGCCUCCAUACCCCUCUCUGCUUCCCCUGAACGGUCCGGGCAGGUAGGAAGGAACGGAAUCCCUCAAGACCAUCACAUAACUGGGGGGCCAUGGUCAGGCUACAGGCAGGUCAAGGCCUGCCCUCAGGGCCCUCUCCCCUCUCCCACUCUGGGCCUCCCCCCUGUUUUCCUCUCCUGUCCCUCACCCCACCUGGCCUUUCCUUUAGGGGAUACCACCUGACAGCUUCCCCCCCCCCCCCCCCCGCCCCGGGGCUCUCGCUGGGACUCCUGAGAGAGAAACCAGUGGGGCCCCAGUACCUAAAGCGCUGGGUGGGGUGGGGUGGGGGGGCAUGUCAGGUGACCCUCUGGUCCAACCAGCUUCCACCUGGGGGGUGCGGCCCUGUGGGUUCCUCCAGCUGGG